UAUGUGCGCGUCUCGACGCUGGCUGUGUUGGCAGACACGAUUAAUGUUCUACUCUAUCCUGCGUGAUCAUAAAACUUGCUCAUUCUCGAGUUCUAGGUUUUAAUUUGCGUUUGCCAGCUUGACAGUAUCAGAAUUCAUGUAAUUGGAUGAAAAAUGGCUAUUUUGGGUGACUUUUACGUGAAUGCUACCACAGUUUUGGUAGCAGUGUGUACACUUGCUGCCUAUGCGUUGUACAGGAGCACGAAGCGACCUGCUAACUUUCCCCCCGGACCCUUUGCAGUGCCCUUAUUGGGGAAUGUCACCGCAUUUAUGUCCAAUAAAACUGCGGUGGAGGUCUUCAGUGAUCUGCAUAAGAAAUAUGGGCCUGUUUACUCACUGAAGUUUGCUAAUCGGGAUGUGAUUAUGCUGAACACUGUUGAGGUUGUCAAAGAAGCACUGCUGAAGAAAGCUGUGGAGUUUGCAGGUCGACCAGCCAUAUACUCAGUUGAGAUAUUUACGGAGGGAUACAAAGAUAUUGUGUUCUCCAACUAUGGUCCACAGUGGAGGUACCAACGCAAGCUUGGUCACACUGCACUGAGGCAUUUUGCAAAGAAAGAACAACUGGAGAAGCUGGUAUACAGUGUCACACCUGAAAUUGCCAAGGUUCUGGAUGGACUUGGAGACAAGCCAUUUGCACCAAAGUACACCAUUGGUCAGAUUGUAUAUAACAUCCUGGCUUCCAUGUGCUUUGGCAGGCAGUAUGAAUUCAACCAACCGGAACUGUUGCAGUGGAUUGACUUGAAUGUUGAAGCGCAGAAAGCCUUUGGCAAUGGUCUGCUGCCGGACUAUUUCCCAGCCUUGAGUUUCAUUCCAACUCAAAGUGAGAAAAAGGUCUGCAAGAUCGUGGGUGCUAUGCUUGAUGUGUUCUAUGGGGAGUUAAAGAGGCACCGUGAACAGUUUGAUCCAGACAAUGUGCGGGACUUCUUUGACUCAUUGCUGUUGACCCAGAAGCAGGCAAUUGAAGCUGGAGAGGAGGAAGCUGACAAAAUCACCGACACGCACAUUGUCCAAACCGUCUCGGAUAUCUUUGGUGCUGGAACCGAAACUACUAUUAUUACCCUUCACUGGGCAGUUGGUCUCAUGGUAGAGAACCCUGACAUCCAGCAAAAGGUUGCCAUGGAGAUUGAUGAGGUCUUAGGCCGUGAUAGACUCCCCUCGCUGGAUGACAGGGCCUCUUUGCCAUACACUGAAGCCACCAUUCUUGAGAUAUUCCGGUAUGGUACAGUGGCACCAACUGGCUUGCCCCAUGCUGUGAUGGAGGACACCACACUGGCUGGAUAUGACAUUCCUAAAGGCACUACAGUGAUGAUUGACAUUCUGGCCCUUCACAAUGACACCAAAGAAUGGAAUGAACCGGAGAAGUUUAAACCAGAGCGUUUCUUGGAUGACAAUGGACAACUUCUCUCCAAGCUCCCUGAGAGUUUCCUUCCCUUCAGUGCUGGACGUCGCGUCUGCCUGGGCGAGGACUUUGCCAAGAAAGAAAUCUUCCUGCUCUUCACUUGGCUGUUCAGCCGGUACACUUUCUACAAGGUACCAGGGAAGGAGUCCGAGUCCGUCUUGACUUUGAACAGGGUAGCGGCACUGACACAUCAGCCAAUUGAUGAGAUGGAAGUGUGUGUUAAGAAGCAAUAUUAAGCUCAUCAAUUGGUAUCCACACCUAAAUAACACAAAUAGACUCAUAGGAAGAGGUACCCCAUCAAUGCUGGCUACAUAGCUCUAACUUCUGAAGUUUGAUAUAAAUCAUGUAGAAUCGUCUUGAUUUUGACAUGGUUUGGGUAUGUAGCUAAAGGGUAGCUGCAAUCAAAAUGUUUUAAUACAAACCUUCAAAUUGCACCUGUGUGUUUCAGUUGACCUUAUUUUCAUUUGGUUGCUGCCUUUUUGCUUUUUAUACUAAUGAGUAUUUCCAUAUUCAUGAGCAAAACUGUAGUAUCAAUCCAGGAAGAAAGCCUAAAUGUUACAACGGUUCACAAUUUUAACAGAAAAACCUCUGCAAUGAACUGUCUUUCCUGGAUGAUAUUGUAGCAGCAGCACCUUCAAUUGUCCAGGAAAGCAAGGGAUAAUUUGAAGUGUUUAAAGAAGUGAACUUUUCAAUGUAUUUAACUAAAUGGGGGGUGUGAAAGAAUACAUUGAAAAAGAGUACAAAGAAAACUGCAUUUCAUCAGCCUGUAAACUUUGCUAGUUUAGAAGUCAGACCACCACUCAGACUUAAAGGUACAGUCCAUCAUUUGCAGUUAUCCAAAAUGUAAUUGUCUAAAGUAUUGUUGAAAAGCACAUUUGGUUGAAAGAUGGUUAUGGGACUAAACUCCCUCUAUAAACCAAUGCAAAUUGGAAUAUCGCAAUCAGAAGCACACACGCAUUGACACAAAACACAUGGGCGGUUACUGUAUUUCAUUGGUUCAGCGCAUGACAUGUCGUAGCUGCUUUUGGCUGAACGUGAGAAUGUGUCCGACAUGUCCAAGUAUGAAGAUCCAAUUCAAAACAUGAUGCAGCAAAUUUGGAUCUGAAAUCAAAAUCCUAGUAUAUUGUAGUACAUGUGGUUUGUUCUUCGGCGCCCUUCUUUAGAUUCUGAAUUAUGUCGUUGGCUCAAAGGAAAUGCACAAAUGAUGGGCUGUAAAUUAAACCUGUGCUUAAGAAAAGUGGCAUAACUUGCCAACAAAUGCUGACGAUACAUGUACAUUACACAGGAAUAAGGGUGAAUCCAAAACCAAUUGCUUCAGGGGGACUCUUGGGGGACAAACAAUUUGGACGUUUUUUCAUGUAGCCCUGUAUGGCCUUUUUGAGGGAUGGGGCGAGGACACAUUUGUGGGCUUUAUAUGUGCAUUUCAAAGGAAAGCAAAAUGAAGUAGAUCAAUAAUCGCCUUUCUCUCAUUUGCUUAAUAAGUGGGGGUGGCUCCUUUUCUAAAGGGGAGGGGGGAUAUAUGGCCCCCUGAAUCUGUCCUUGCACACAUACGUGUAAAAUUGAACCAAAAAAUGAUUUUUGUGGGGUCAGGAAAUUUUUAUGCAUACUAUGAAGUUAAAGCAAAUUUUCAGUGUGAUGAAAAUGAUAAGUGUUGUCUAUUCUUGUAGUUUUUCUAUAUUCUAAAGACUUGACUGAUCAAAUUUUACUGCAUACAUGUAUAUUGAAUUAAAAAUGGCAAGUACUUAUUGAUGAUUAGAAAUUUUUAAUUACUAAUGUUGGCUUAUUUUUGUCAUUGCAACAGCAUUCCAACAGCAUAAAUUAUUUGGCACUUUGUGAAAAUGGUCACAGAGUGGUGUUCCUUACAUCGUGGCGGUAUUUUUUAAUGUUAUUAAAGUUGUGUUUACAGUAAAAGGUGUUUUUUGUAUAAUUAUGGGUGAAUGGAAUCACAAAUGAUCAUUGAUAUAAAUAAUUUACAUGUAUAUUUUUCUUGCUGCUGUCGUGGAUAUUAAUCACAUCAUGCUGAUGCAAUUUAUUAGUGAUGUUUUCUCUUUUAAAGGUUGGUGGGUUUUGUAGGUUCCUGUAAUGCAUUAUUAUGAAAAAUAUGUAAUUGGCAUUUUGUCUAUGCAACUAUAGCCUGUAAUCUAAAUUUUAGCCAGUCCUUCAUUUUAAAUGACUCAUUUAAAAUGAAGGACUGGCUAAAAUGUACUAAUCUAUCGAUGUAGUUGUAGGUAUUUAAUCCUAACAACGUAUUGAACAAGUUUUUGACCUGUUGCCUUGAGCUUUAUUUUCACGGUGAUUAUUGUAUGCUGUGUAGCCUAAAGAUGUUCUUUUGCUUAAUUUGUUAACAAUUAUGAUAUUGUGUCAGCUGUCUGAUUUGGCUUCUUUUACAAUACCCCUGAAAGCACUUUAUUCACAGCAGAAGAAACAGCCCGUAAUUUUUUAAUCUCUCUCAGGCAAAAGCAUACCGUGUGUUCAAAAAAUAGUUUUGAUCAGCCGAUCAGUCUUAUCCUAAUGAUAUACGUUUAGACGCGGACUCAAGGGAUGGAAACAACACAAAACUGUUUAUCUGUUUGAGCUGAUGCCGAGGCCUGGAAGGUUAUUAACUUAUUGAGUGUGAGACAUCGAUCGCAAUGGUAGUCCGGUCAAACAAUCUCAGGUUACAAUAUAAUGUUAAAUUGGGCUCACCAGACCCAACCAUGGGCACGCCAGACCCAACAGUGGGCACACCAGACCCAACCAUGGGCACACCAGACCCAACCAUGGGCACACCAGACCCAACCAUGGACACACCAGACCCACACAUGGGCACACCAGACCCAACCAUGGACACACCAGACCCAACCACGGACACACCAGACCCAACCACGGACACACCAGACCCAAACAACGGGCAGUACGCCCGGGUAAACAUACAAAGUAAAUGUGUGGGCACUUUCUUCUCACUGAUGUGAAACAUUCGGCCAGGAAGUGCCAUAACGCUAUGCACGCAAAUGAGUACACUUGAAAUUCAUUGUAACGAAUUAUAUGUAUAAAAUUUUAGGCUUCCACUGAUGUUGCUCAUUCGGGCUACACUUGAGCAAUAAGGCAAAUGUGAUAUGUAACACAGAAUGGAAAAGAUCACCCCCACUGAUGUUGCACAUACAGUCGAGUGUAUGUACUUCAUGUUCUCCAAUUUAAGUGUUGAACAUUUAAGCCGUCAAGGGAAAGCUCAGUUAUGAAAUGAGAAAUAAUGGGUUGCUGGACGUCUACGGCCGCCAAACGGCCAGCAUAGUAUAAAAAGGACGUAGCCCAAAUCCUCUGAUUGAAAUGUAGAGCAGUGGGCUCGAGGGGGAGGUAGUGGGCAAAUUGAUUUCAUAAUUUACGAAAAGGCUCUGCAUGCCUUGAGUGGCUGUGACCAUGCUAUGGGCCACAUUGCUAGUAUAGGCAAGUUGGCGACCUUACGUGGCUGUAACGCUUCUCAUUGGCUGAGAGUUUCUACCCAUUGGAUAUUUGCAUACCUGCCCCAAUUGUUUUGCAUAAUUUUUAUUAAUUGUGGCAAUGCACACUUUGUGACCUCCCUUUAAUAUGAUACGAGCGUAAAAUAAAGGUUUCUUGGCCUGUACGCGCCGAACAGAUCAUCUGCCACACUCACCCAAUCACAAGUAUAUGUGUAACUCGCUCGUGUACUUGCAGAAAGUUCUUUGACCUUGUCAUUGCUUUCGCCCGGAGACCUAGACAGAAAGAAAGCGAGCCAUUCGCCGCGUUUACAUGUAAUAUCCUUUAUCACGUAAGUUAUUGUAAAGGUGGUAUUUCACUGCAGCUUUCACACCACCAUGGUAAAAUCUCCACAUGAAAGUUGUGUACAAGCGUUUAUGUUGAUGUUUCAGUUGGAGUAAUUAGUAAAGAAUACCACGUAAUUAGACUAAUUUCUAUCCGAAUUCACGGCUUUGUCCAAAUGAUUUCUUUCCUGCAAAAGUUUGCGUUUUUGCUGCUAGGCCUUCCAUUAAAGCUUUGAGCAGAAUUUAAUUUA